AUGGUCGAACACUCGCACUUCAUCAACAACGAGUGGGUCGCCGGCUCUUCGUCCGCAACCUACGAGGUUUUCAAUCCCGCCACCGACGAGUCUGUCGGCAAGAUCAACUGCGCCCGCGAGACUGAAGUCGAUGCUGCCGUCGCCGCCGCCCGCGCGGCCUUCGAGCCAUGGGCAGCUACGCCUGCUGCCAAGCGUGCAGCUCUGCUCAACAAGUUCGCCGAUCUCAUCGAUGCCAACAAGGAUGAGCUUGUCAAGGAAGAGGUAAAAGCUAUGGGCCAGCCGGCUUCAAUUGCCGGCGGAUUCGUCGUCCCUGUCACAUCGCAGACGUUCAGAUACUACGCUGGUUGGGCGGAUAAGAUUGAGGGUCAGGCUUUUCUUUCCGAGGACAACCGGCUCAAUAUCGUUCAGUAUGAGCCGAUUGGCGUGUGUGCUGGUAUUGGGCCUUGGAAUGUCACUAUUUCAACACUGUCCUGGAAGGUAGCUCCUGCAUUGGCUACGGGUAACACGGUUGUCUACAAGACUUCAGAGAAGUCGCCCUUCAGCGUGCUUGUCAUCGCGCGAUUGAUAAAAGAGGCUGGAUUCCCUGCUGGUGUAUUCAACGUUGUUUCUGGAGACGGCACAACUGGCGCUCUCAUGGCGUCGCAUAUGGACAUCGAUAAGAUAUCCUUCACCGGCAGUGGACCAAGUGGGCGCAGGGUUAUCGAGGCAGCAGCUAAGAGCAACUUGAAGAAGGUCACCCUCGAGCUGGGCGGCAAGUCGCCCUCUCUUGUCUUCGACGACGCAGACAUCGAGAGCGCCUUGACUGGAAACUCCCAAGGCUUCCUCUUCAACUCCGGCCAAGUCUGCGUCGCAGCCUCCCGGCUCUUCGUCCAAAAGUCCAUCGCCGACAAAUUCAUCGAAGGCCUCAAAGCGCGCUUCACAGGCUUCGACGGCGCCGUCGGCGACCCCAACUCGCCCAACACAUUUAUCGGUCCUCUCGCCGAUAAGGCCCAGCUGGAGCGCGUCAUGGGGUACAUCGCGGCAGGCAAGUCAGAAGCGAAGCUGCUCGUUGGCGGCGAGCGCAAAGGCGACAAGGGAACCUUCGUGCAGCCUACCAUCUUCCUGAACCCAGCGAAGGAUGCGCGGAUCUACAAGGAGGAAAUCUUCGGGCCGGUGCUGAGCGUCUUGACGUUUGAGACUGAGGAGGAGGCUAUCAAGUUGGCGAAUGAUACUAGUUACGGACUGUCCGCAACGGUUUAUACCGGCAGCACAGGCCGUGCGGUAAGGGUAGCUUCUAAGAUCAAGGCUGGUACCGUCGGUGUGAAUGCGCCUUUCAUGCCGAAUCUUGGGUCGCCGUUUGGAGGGUACAAGCAGAGCGGUCAGGGUAGGGAGCUUGGUAAGGAGGGGCUGUAUGCGUAUUUGCAGGCGAAGAGUAUUAGCAUUAGCUUGGCUGUGUAA